UUAUCCACAAAAGGUGGUCAGAAGUACUACUGUACGACUGUGUAGAAUAAACUAGUUUCAUUCAUAUAGUAUGUAUAAUAAAAAAUACCAGUAAAGUCAGCGGAACUGGUUUAUUUUUAUGUUUAGUACUGUGACAGUUUUAGUUGGGAGAACAUGCGUUAUAUUCUGGUGUUUCUUUGUGGGAUCAAUAUUGCCCUUGCAGGAGAAGCACCUCGCAAGAAGCUGAAUGAUGGCAACACCAUACCAGUUGUGGCGCUUGGUACUGGAAGAGGAACCGCUCAUGACAAACCAGUAGACGAGGUUCGGGACGCGGUAUUCUGGGCCAUUGAAGACGGCUACCGCCACAUAGACACGGCAGUGCUGUACAAUGACGAGGUGCAAGUAGGCCAGGGGCUCGCUGAUGCCGUCCGCCAGGGCCUGGUCUCCAGGGACCAGAUGUUUAUUACGACUAAGCUGCCGAGCGACAGGCACGCUCGGAGCCAAGUCGUCACAACCCUCAGAGAGUCACUCAACAGGCUGAAGAUGAACUACGUCGAUCUGUUCCUGAUCCAUUUCCCAUUUUCCACCAAGAACGACGGAUCCCCGGAUAACAUUGACUACCUCGAGACCUGGAGAGGUAUGGAGGACGCCAGGGAGUUGGGUCUCACGAAGUCUAUAGGGAUCUCUAACUUCAACGCAUCUCAAGUGGACAGACUCCUCGCCAAUUGUAAAGUGAAGCCUGUUGUCAAUCAGAUAGAGGUGCAUCCAGCUAUGACGGCCGAGCCGCUGGUCUCCCACUGCCAAAGCAGAGGGAUUGCAGUAAUGGCGUACAGUCCAUUCGGGUUCCUGGUGACGCGCACCCGCCACAACUCCACCACGCCGCCGCCGAAGAUCGACGACCCUGUUCUUGUGAAGAUUGCUCAGAAGUACGGGAAGACAACUGGUCAGAUUGUAUUGAGGUAUUCGCUUGACAGAGACCUGAUUCCUGUUCCCAAGUCGACUAACAAGGCUCGUAUAGCUGAGAACAUCGACCUGUUCGACUUCAAGCUGACUGAUGAUGAAGUAGCCACCAUCAGCCGCUUCAACCAGGACCACAGCGUGUUUGAUUUCUCUAUCUGGAAGGAGAAUAUCCACUUUCCUUACAAUAAGGCGUGAAUUCUAAUGAAUCUGACUUCCCGUUAAUAUUAUAAAUGCGAAAGUUUGGAUGUUGAGUUUAUCACUCAGACACGCAUAAUCUGCUGAACCGAUUUUGAGGAAAUUUGGUACACAAGUAGAAUAUAAUCUGGAAUAGCAUAAGUAUAGAAAACUUUAUAUCUCAAAAAUUUACAGAAGCAAAGUUCAGAUUACGGCUAGUAUUACAAAUGUGAUUUUGUUUGUUUGUUGUAAUUUCAAGGACAUUGGUUGGUUCGAUAAAUCAUGAUCUUCAUCUUUUACUUAACCAACCAAUAUUCUUGAAAUUUUGCAUACAUAGAAUUACUUGUAUGGGAGAAGCAUACAGUAUCUUCUAUCCCGAGAAAGGAACUGUUCCUGUGAGAAUUUCACACGGGCAAAACCGCGGGCAAAAGUUAGUGAAAUAUUGUAGAUUUUAGUGAAAUAUCUUAUUCGGAUGCCAUGUUUAUUUCCAUAAGUUUUAGAUUUUUAUCAGUAAUAAAAUACAUUCUUAUAACCUU